AUGUACUAUGGUAUUCAGAAUUCAUAGCUGUUCUCGUUUAUUCACCAAUACCGUAUGGUGGUAUGGUACGUAUAUACCAUACGAAUACAAUAGUAGUUCACUUGGUAUGUACGUACUCGUACUACUACAUCAUACAGCAAAUAUUUAUGAAGAGUACUAUGCUGUACCGGUAUGCUGUAUGAUCUGCUGGUGGUUCAAAUGGGAUGAACGAAAAUCGACAUGAAAGAUUUUCUCGGAGUCAAAAUGGGAUGGGAUUGAGAAUGCAUAGCGACGAUGGCAAAAACGACGAGCAGGAGCUCGAGUAGCACCCAAACGACGGCCUUGUUGUUCGGAAUUCUCGAUCCGGUCCUGCAGCCCCUCCUCGAAGACCUAACAUCGCUCAAGGAAUUGCUGGUUCGAUUGAACCGCAACAGGACUGCACCUUUCUCCUCGACGGACGAUCGACGCCACCGCGAUGACGAAGAGAACUUUGUCCGCCUUUCCAAUAGGAUCGCCRAGGGUUUUGAGUCCUUGUCCAGAAGCCUUAGGCUGACUUCUCUUGCGGACGGCGGUGGUGGGAAGCAUCAGCAGCAACACCAACACGCCACAUCGCUCUGCCUAUUGGCGGAUUACGUCACCUUGCCCCUUACAGCAAUAUUUCAUCUUCCCCUGCGAGAAAUCUUGACAAACGCAAGCGAAGCAGAGGGGUGCAAUCCAUCCCCAAAAGRUGAUCCCGGACAAGAGAAAGAAUGGCGGCGACGGCUCGCUAUGCGUCGGUCCCGUGUGUUUCGGAUGUACCGUUGCGCGGCCUUUGCGGUUCAAACCUACGUAGAGGAAACAUCGCUGGGCACACGCAACAACAGCGACGGUGAUGCGACGAACGACAARAUCAUCAACAACCACGAGAUCUGCAACAACGGAAGCCUGCUCCCGAGCGAGGUGCGGAUGAAAUGCCUCGUGGCACUGGUUCGAACCAUGCCGUCCUUUUCGGAACUCACGGAGGCAGGCGGCAGCGAAAGCGGUUCCGGUGGAGCCGCGGCCGGAGCUCCCUGUUUGGACGACGGAAGAGACGAUUUGUGGAGGAUCGUUCUGGACGCUACCAGCUGUCUCUUGGAAACCUUUGGCACCGGCCGUCGCCGGAACGAUCGCGAACCCGAGACGAUCGGACACGAUGACGGCGAUCCGGUGCGGCUCUUGGAGGCCUGGCACGGGACCCUGGGCAUGCGGCUGGUCGAUUGCCUGACCGCCUUUCUGGGAAACAACAACACUAGCAGYAACAACGGCGGCAGCGCAGUGGGUGCGAACGGCGGUGGCCGCUUUUCGCCCCUGGUCCAGCGCUCGGCGCUCGGUACCCUGCUGGUCUUGCUCGAGGUCACGGCUGCCGUUCCGGGCCAGAAAUCAUCACCAUCACCACAACAAUCCACUGCCACCAAAUCGUGUUCUUCAUGCAUCUUCUGGAGGUCCGUCUUUCCCGGGGUGUUUACAGCGCUCUAUCAGCGAGUGAUGGAUGGUAGCAGAAUCAAUAGCAGCGCCAAUGCAAGAACGAAGAACCUCCCAACAACGGUCCAAGAGCUGGGACUGGAAUCAAUGAUUGGUCUUCUAAGGGCCACGUUGGUAGUUUCGAAGCCACUGAAAGUCAUUGRAGCGACUUCCACAGAUCACAAACAAAAYGCGAAUGUCGUUGUUGAGAACGAACACAGCAGCAACUCGAACAACGACCUUUUGGCUAGGCUUACUUCUAUGGCGGCAGCUGCGAAUCGCGAACACGAAGAAAACAAGAGCAACGAGAAACGGGGAAAAGAUAGCAACUCUUACCACGAAAUACCAAAGAAGCAAGACGAUCAACAACGACCAGCAGCACCACCAUCCGAACCAGAGCCGUUUUUCCGCAAGGUUCAGCAGCGGGUCGAAGGACCCCUGCUCGUUUUGUUGAAAUACACAUCGGUGGCUCCGUCCGAUGCCACCCGGAGGAAGGUCGUGAGAUUGUGUGGGUUGAUUCUCUUUGAGGCAUCGAAGCAGCUGGUCUGGAGCAGCAUGGUCGAUCGGAUCCGUUCCGAAUCUUCCGCUGCAUUCGUGCCUUCGGCGUCCGUCAUGGAGAAGGUGUGUUUCGAGCUCUGCAUCGGGUUCCAGCAAGAUACCGACGGCGUUGUACGCAUUUCUUCGAGAGAGGUAAUUGCGAAAUACACUCGGCUGGUUCUCGUUGCCGAGGAAAAUCACGGCGACGAAUCAGUUCCAAAAAAAGAAGGAUGCGAAAACGGAUCGUUGCCAUCCCUUUCGUCGGGUUGGAUGGCGCCUCGAAUCAUUGAAUUGGUACAAACAGCGUCGGCCCGUGUCCAAAACAGAGGGGAUGUUAGCGCUUCUGAUAGCAGCAGUAGUGGAAGAGCAAUAAUCGACGAUGUCACUGGUAUUGAACUACAGUCAGAAAUGAACCUGAUAUCUGGUUAUUUACGAURUCURAACGACGACGAUGCAUACACGAACCAAAACUAUCGGCGUCGCGAAACGACUCGUAACCGCGACAAYGAUACCGAGAAGAAGGAUUCGAGGACUAUCCCUCACGAGAAAACAACAGCACUCACUACAGUUAUCACGAGGAAUGUCGAGAGCAAGAAUAAUUCAACCUUGUGCGUUGAUAGUUUGGCUCGAGAGGGGGUGCGCAGUGCCCUCGUGUCCUCCAAACAGCUUCGCAAGAGCCUGAUCAGUAAGUCUUUUUGUUAUCGCGCGAUGCGAUGAAACGACGUCCGUACGGUUUUGUUUYUCCCAGAAGAAGCUUCGCGUCGAUUCGUUCAAUGUUGUGUGUUGGUUAUGCUAACUCGACUAUUUUCUCUCUGUCUGAUUCAUGGCGGGAUCCACUAAUUAAAAGAGCUAUUUGAYGUUGAUGUAGAUUCGUUGAACGAGAAUACACACAAAAAGUUUGUGCCCAUCGUCACCAUCGAUAAAAAUGACAUAAAAAAGACCCCAGUCAAGCUCCGAUACCUCCAUCGUCCGGACCUGAUAAAUCUGUCCAGAGAGACCAUUUUGMAAUCUCUUGGGAAGUUGCUGGGUCCAAAGAAUGGUGCAAUUUUCACAGACGAGGUGUUGUCAGAUUUCAUGCAAGCUAGCGCCCGCAUACCAAACAUUGAAGGCAACAAUUAUUUUUCGUCGUCGUCGACUAUGGAAGACUCGUAUGAUUGCUGGCUCCAUGAGUGGGUAGGGAGCCUAAUCGUAGCGCGUGAUAUUCUAUCUGGUUCGUUCUCUGGGGUAACUGGGGUGGGCGAAUCUAGGAAGGAAGAAAGAAGAAAACGACGAAUACUGCGAUCGCUUGCAUCCUCCAUUUUACCGUUGCUUGUCGGUUCUUCUCUUUGGAAUCUUUCUAUCGAAGGUUCUUCUCUUUGGAAUCUUUCUAUCGAAAGCAAAGGUUCCUCAACAGCUUUGUCACCGAAAAUAUUCCAGAGAAACACCAUUGUGAUGGUUUUGCUAUUGGAAUUGAUCAGGGAGUUUUGCUUCGUUUUGUGCAAGGAUGUGCAACACUUUCUACCGCACAUAUUGUACCCGAUAAUCGACAAAACUAUCCGUGGUGGCUCUACSAUGUGUGCGAACGUCGUCCAAGCUAUGGGAUUAUCAACUCUCGAGAUCUUGAGCGUCUCCUGUGGGUUACGGAGCACCGAGGAUCUGAUUUUUUCGGAACAAAAUCAGCUGAUGGCUGCGCUAGUGGGUCGGUUACGUUUGCCUGGGGGAUCAAACGCACCAGGAACUUAUAGCGAAGCACAAGAAAUAAUUUCUGUCUGCAAAAACUUUUUAUGGGUGAUUAAAAUGAUAAAAAGCAGAAAAGAAAAUACCGACGCCAAGAGAACAAARUCCAGCAUCGUGGACUUUGUAUCUCUUCUAGACUACCGAUUGGAUCAUCUCUUUCUAAAAAAAWUGCUUCACGAUACCGACGUCGAAACCAUAUGUUCUYUACACAAGGCAUUUUACGAAUAUUUCCUCUAUAUUUUUGACGUCCAGGCAGAUCGUAUUUAUUCAUACAAGUCAAACGGUUCACCCAACCAUGAAGCUCGGCAAUCGUGGCUCGGAAUACUGUCCAACUUUCGGCACAAUAAUCCAGAAAUUUCGGAUACAGACAACGAGKGUGGAGCAGAAUCAGAUGAAGGUAACAUAUUGGAUAUAGACAAGACCGAUGUCGCGCUUUUUGCAAAACUUGUAGCCMGGGACUGUUACCUCUUAUCACACCAAAAGCUAUUGAGUCGCGUGUCGUCUUGCGAUGCGCUGACUACCGCUUUCAAAUUUCUUGCUUUUGUGGGAAGCGAGCACAAGGUAAGGUCCAAACUUAUUGUGGCUAAUUGAUCCCGCUUUGGUGUCCGAAACCACCAAAAACUCAUUUCUAAUUUUGGUCUGGGUUUUUCUUUUUUUUUUCUCCUAGGAUCCGUCGGAUGAUACCAACUUCAUGCAGAACUCUGUACUUCGACAGGUCGCUGAAUCGUGGCCCUCUAUCAGAGCACGACUCCGAACAUUGUCGGAAGAAGUUUUGGCGUCGAGCAGUAUUGAUAAUUCCUCGGUAGUGCUUGUGUUGARUCAAAGCAAAGUGGGGGCACAGRAGAGGAGUUUAAUAUCCRAAGACGUUGGUGUCCAGAGAAUAUUCCUCUCCAAUUUGUUUGCAUUGAUUGCUGCAAUGUGUGAAUGUAGCGGAGAUUUCUUUGCUGACCGCUUUCGACAUGAUGUUUGGCCUGCCAUGGCUUGUCACCUWGAGCUGUUGYUCAAGAAGCUGCAAAGACACAGAGACUCUCAUUCAAGAUCCCUUGUGCCGUUAACGAUACCGAACGAUGCAAUUAACAAUAUGAGUGACUCCGAACGGCAACUCAUUGAUUCAAUUCUGACUUGCUUAAAUCGAAUAAUCGGGCAAAACGAAUGUKGGAGAGCGGUUGAGAAGUUGCUCGGUUCCAUUGGGUUUACUCUCAUACCCCUCYUUGACAUCGAAGGCGAACUACGUAUUCAAGAGCUGGCAAUGGAAUGCAUCAGAAACAUCAUAAGAAUCGAUAGUGAURUUUUGAGAAGGCCACUGAUGGAGCUGACUGGAAAUAGAAUACCUCCCUGCUUGUCGAAAUUUGGAAACAAGAAAUUGAAGAAUCAUUUGGUUGUCGUUCCCGUGUCCAUAGAGAGCAAAGAAAUCAUGGCGUUCCGCUGCAGCAAGCUCCUAGAGCUUGCGGACUCACUGCCGGAACAGCCUAUCUCGUAGCCCCAGCUGCAUAUCAGAAGUGAAGCAGCCGGAAACGAAGAAUCCUCGUAAGUCGACAGAUAAUUCUUCUAAUGAAAGAUUGGUUUAACAAAGGAAUCAACUUCUGGAAGUUGAAAAAUUGAUAAUAUACUGCAAGAGAAGAACCUUUUAAACAAUUUUUUAUGUGCGGUAACACGGUUUUCAUGUAGCAAUGAAUGCUCUCUUUGUAC